UUCAUCAUUUCUGGCAUGUGCCUCAUCUUGUUCUUCAACUAAGUCCUGCAUCGUUUUCAACCAUGUGGCACCCUGCUCAUCAUCCCCUUCGAAGGUUGAUUCAGAUUAACCGGCUUUGGCCGAAUCGCGGAUUAGCCACGGGUCCUGUUUCAAGUGUAAGGGUGACGUUCGAGAAGACACCUGAGUCACUGAAAGUAGACAACUCCGUCCUCUUAAGAGCUCCACAUUUUUCACCCCAAACGCCUCUCGCAUCGAUCCCCUGCAAUUCACUCUUCCACCGGUCUUCCUCCUCUCACUUAACUAUUCAAUCCCGAUCUCUGAGUUCCACGCGUUCCUUAUCCACCAAGAUGCAGCCCGAAGGACUUUUGUAUGAUUGGAACCUGAGCGACCUCACUCCGGAUGAAGUGGCUCAGCGCGCCCAGAAGAUCAUUGAAGAUGUCACUCGGGUUUAUGACAAAGUCGGUGCCCUCAAACCCGAAGACAUUUCCUUCGACAGUUGCAUUAAGCCCUUAAUCGAUAUUGAGUGCGUCCAAUCGACGGAGGAAAAUCCCAUCGAUUUCAUCCAACACUCUGUGCCCAAUAAGGCUUUGCGCGAUGCCUCGUUGGAGGCCUCCAAGAAACUGCAACAACUCUCCGUUGAAAUGUCCAUGAGGAAGGACGUCUUUGAGAACAUUUGUCUCUUCAAAGAGAAAGUGGGAUUCGAAGGUCUCACGCAUGAGCAAACACGCUUUGUGGAUAAAGAGAUCAUUGAUGGAAAGCGUAAUGGUCUUCAUCUGGACGAUGCUCAACGCGAAGAGAUCAAGUCCUUAAAGAACAAGAUAUCCGAUUUAGGGACCGACUUUAGAUCCAAUUUGAACGAGGACACCAGUUUUGUCGAGCUCACUGAGGCCGAAUUGUCCGGUGUCCCCGAGGACCUCGUCAAGACUCUUGAAAAGACUGAAAAUGGGAAACUCAAGGUGACCAUGCAAUACCCGCACUUUUUCCCCGUGACCCGGCAAUGCCACGUACCGGAAACUCGUCGACGGGUGGAGCAAGUCUACCUAUCCCGGUGCCUCGAGGCCAACACCAAGAUCCUAGAGCAGCUCAUAUCCCUUCGACAUGAAUUGGCGCAGAAACUGGGAUAUAAAAACCACGCUGCCUACGUUCAAGAGUUGAGGAUGGCCAAAACACCGGAGACUGUGAAGAAGUUCAACGCCGAUUUGUCCAAGAAGCUCCAACCGAUUUGGAAAAAGGAACUGGAAGAGCUGCUCAAACUCAAAGAAGCAGACGCUAAGAAGUACGGCUAUGAGUUCAACGGGAAGUUGGACUUUUGGGACGCACGAUAUCUCAUGACCCAAAUUGAGGAGCAACGUUACUCUGUCGAUCAAGAGAAGCUGAAGGAAUACUUUCCUCUGGAGAAAGUCACCCAUGGGCUCUUGGCUAUCUAUCAACAACUCUUGGGACUGAAGUUUUCAGAGUGUUCGGGAGUCAAAUUGUGGCAUCCAGAUGUUACGCUGUUCAAAGUGCAAGAUGCUGAGAGUCUCGACAUUCUGGGAUAUUUCUUCCUCGAUCUUCACCCGAGAGAUGGAAAGUAUGGACAUGCAGCAGUGUUCAGUCUCCAACCUUCCUGCAUUGACCCUAAUGGCAAACGGCAGCCCGGUGUGUGUGCCAUGAUGGCCAAUUUCUCCAAAUCCACCGCAGACAAGCCCUCUCUAUUAAAUCACGGAGAAGUCGUCACCUACUUCCACGAAUUUGGUCACUUGAUGCAUGGCUUGUGCUCCCAAACCAGCACCACUCGAUUCCAAGGUUUGCACGUGGAACGCGACUUUGUCGAAGCGCCUUCGCAAAUGCUGGAGAAUUGGUGUUGGCACGAGGAGCCACUUCAGAUGAUGUCGGGCCAUUACAAAGACGGGUCUGCCAUCCCUAAAGAGCUCUUGUCGAAACUCAUUGACUCUCGAUUAGCCAACGCCGGUGGGUUCAACUUGAGGCAAAUCAUCUUAAGCACAUCUGAUCAACGAUUCCAUACCGGUGGACAAGUGGACACCACGAAAACUUUUGCAGACACCUAUAAGGAAAUCAUGGGGAUUGAUGUCAUGUCUGGUACAAAUAUGCCGGCUUCUUGGGGUCAUAUGGUCGGCUACGAUGCGCAAUAUUAUGGUUACUUGUGGUCUGAGGUCUUCAGUGUGGACAUGUUCCAGACUCGGUUUGUUGCCGAGGGACUGAUGAACCCAACCGUGGGAAAGGAUUAUCGUACCAAAAUUUUGGAACAAGGUGGCUCCAAGGAUGCUGCGGACUUGCUGAAAGAGUUCUUAGGACGGGAACCCAACGAAGAGGCCUUCCUCAGAUCCAAAGGUUUGGGAAAAUAAGUUUUUUACAAUUUGUGGUGUGUAUACCAUAACAUGGUACUUACGAGUACUAAUUGUUUGGAAGUCAGUCACAAACCCUUUCGUGGACAUAUUUGUAUCGAUAAGGAAUGAUCAAUAAAAUUGACAAUGAA